ACAUUUUUUUAAACCGGCAUGAACUGGCACAAACUGAUUAUACCACCGGUCGUACUAUUCCACUUACUAAACCGGCACAACGGUAUAAACCGGUUUGACAACCUUGGUUAGGACUAUCAUGGUGGCUACUUUCGAAUAAAAUUGUUCACGUUUGAUGUUUUCCCAUUCAAUAGAGUGAACAGAGAGGGUGGUAGCUAGGGUGGUGCUUGAUACACAAGCGACAAAAAAAAACCAACAUCCAAACGACAAUAAGCAUAUUUUCUGAUCGAAAAAAUACAACAUGAAAGAACAAAAUAUAGCAGAAAAUAAACUCGGUGGGAGGCAGUCAAGGCCACACCGUAAAAACAAAUGCAUCCAAACACCCUCACGCAACCACCAUACCGUCGAGGAAGCAGCAAAGCAUGAGUCGGCUCAUCCGAUGCAACCAUGACCAUGGGUAUUGAGCAAAGCAAACAACCAUAACCCGCCUCCCGCAGGCCCGGCCCAGGCCCUGUGCUGGUCAGACCCACAGCACAGGGCCUCAAGUUUUGGGGGCCCAUUAUCCAUAUGUUUUGGAGCCUGCUUGGGCUAGAGCGAAGCCCACAUAAUCCAUAAGAGUCUGGAGGCCCCCUUGGGCUGACAAGGAGUAGGGGAAUUGAGGCCCACUUGGGCUAGCGAAGCCCAUGGAGGCCCUCUUGUGCUGGCAAGGCCUACACAAAAACUCCAUGUACAAGGAUGCAGGGACGGGAAUUGAACCAUUGACCUCCUUCUAAUUAAAAGGAGAUUCAACCACUAAACUACAUUGGUUUGUUGAAUUUUAAAUAACAAUUAGAGUUUUUAACGCCUCUAUUCUUCUCUUUCCCCAAAAUUUCUCAACUUCCCAAAAUCAUCCAAAGCUUAAAUAUGAAUUGUUCACACCCAAUUCUAAUUAAGUUCUCAUCCCUACUAUCUAGACUCUUAAUCAACUUGUUUUAAGUUCUAAUAUUUAUCCUUUUCUUUUGCAAAGAACUUAUAUGAAAAUUUGGAAUAAUUAAUCUUUGGUUAUAAUUUAUAAUUAUAUCAAUCCAAAAAUUUGAAAAAGGUAGUUCUAAGCGUAGAUAAUAUUUGAUAAUAUAUAAUAUUAUUAAUUUGUAAUAAUUUUUUGAAGAUAUGUAAUUUUUAUUAUUAUCUAAUAAUUUUUAUCUUUAAUAAAUUUGUGAGAAAAAAUUUGGGGCCACAUUUAAAUUUUCGAACAGGGCCUCCAAAUAUAACGGGACGGCCCUGGCCUCCCGGAAACUAUUCGAAGAUAACUCAGCACAAUGAAUCUGAAUAUGAAUAUGGGUUGAACAUGGAUAACAAACCCGGAGAUAACAAACCCGCAGAUAACAAGGAGAGGGAAACCCAAGAGUUGGAGGUAAGUUCACCCAAAAACCCAACAAGAAAAUCAAAAGGGGGGAAAAAGUAUAAUACACCACUUGCAAGCCCAACCCACAACAGACCCCCAAAAACUAACGAGCAACACCCCAAGAAAACCACCAAUGGAGGCCCACCCCGGAAUAUUGGUCAUUGUCUCGUAUUGAGCUCCUCGCCGCCCGCUCCAAUCUGCUCCAUCCCUCCCUCGCCGCAGCAGCCACUGUCCGUCGCGCUCCGCAUUCGCCGUCGACGUUGCCAACGAAUCUCCGUCGGUGAGUUCUAUGUUCCUUCCUCCCUCCCUCUUCCAUUCAGUUUCUUUGGUUGCCCUGUCUGUAAAAUCUCUGCUUAAGUAAAUUUUACCUCAAUUUGCGGCGAUGAUUGGACUGGGAAAGAGCUUGAUAAACAUAAGAGUCGACAUAAUAACUUCUCCUAGCGAGUAAUCUUAUAGCUUUGAUUCACAUUAUUUGGUUAACCCUAGAUCACUCAUCUGCAAGAGCUAACAGUUCUAGUGCUGUGGACAACUUCAGAGAUAUUAACCUUCGACUUACCUAUCUAUCUUGCUAUAUAUGCACAAGCAUAUGGAAUAAUGUGCUAUCUGUUAGUAGUGGUAUAAGCUCAAUUAUUGAAGCUUUUCUACCGAUUCUAGUUGUUUGAACCAAUUGGUUUUUGAUAUAGUAUCAGAGUUUGCUGUAAUCGAGAGGUCUUGUUCGAGUUCUAUUGACCUGCUAUUGGUAGAUAUUUUACAAACUUCAAUCCUAUAUAAGUGGUUUUCGUUUGAGAUGAUGUGUUAGUAUAGUAUGAGUUACAUUAUUGAACCUCUCUGAGCAAGUCAAGUUAUCGAUCGAGACCAACUGAUUUGUAACACAGUGUUUAGGAAGCAGGUGAGUAUGGCAGAAGCAGCAGCAGUUGAAAUCGACAGGCUGACUGGCUGAGCGAUCUCCCGGACAACAUCCUGCAUCACGUUCUGUCCUUCCUCGACACUGUAACGAUUGUUAAAACCAGCAUUCUGUCUAGGAGGUGGAUAUGCCUGUGGAAAGAUGUCUCCAUUCUCUCCUUCCAGAGGAAGAGCUUCGUUUCGAAUCUGGGUUUCGAAGAACACGUGACCCGGAUUCUGGCUAACCGAUCCCACCAUGUCGCUGUUGGAGAAAUUAGGCUGGACUACUAUUUGAGCGGAUUAUCCUGGGAGGAACCAGACGCCAAAGUGUUUGAUAGUGUCCUGCGAUAUGCUGCACCAUCCCAGUCCCCUGCUGAUCCCGGUGGCAGUAUGAGUCGUCUUCAUCAUCUGUCGAUCCGGAAUCCACCUGUAUUCGAUUCCUCUUACAGAUGUCUCACCGACGUAAUCGCGUCCAUCUGCACUCAUCGCCAUCAUGAAUCUCUCAGGACCCUCAAUAUGGACGGCGUGGAUGUUGCAUUAGUCCCCAUGACUGCUGCUUCAGGAUUUCAGAUGCUGACGACUCUGCAACUGCGUAGCUGCGAAUUUCAUGAUCCUGAUCCUUUUGGUGGUUUCCCUUGUUUGAACCACUUGAAGCUCUUCAACUGCACAUCGUCACCGAGUGGCUUCGUAGUGUUGGGACCUCACCUGGUGGACCAGGAAAUCGACAGCCCAUUCCUCUCAGAUGGGUUGAUUCGAGACCUUCCUGCCUUGGACCACGCAACCAUCCACCUUCAUUGGCAUGAAUACUUGCUUGUUGCACCGAGUUUCCGUUCGUAUGUUUCGAGAGAAGGGUCUAUUUGUGCACGCCUCAACUUGUUUGGUGAUUUGCAUAACGCUGAAUCGCUCAUCCUCUGCUUCGACAGCUCGACCGAGAUUACGGAUCAGAACUCUCCUCUUACCGAAUGGAAGUCCCCAUUAAUGGAGCGUGCAGCCUCUCCCUUUACCAGAUUGAAGGCUUUGAGAAUGCAGUUCAAAAAACCUUCACCAACGCUAAGCGUACCGGAAGAAGUGAUUCGAUACUUUUUCGGUGAUUCUUUCGACCCACUUAACAAGUCCGCCAUAAUCGAAAAUAUGGACAACCUAUUUAUCCAUUGAUCAUUUUGAUCUUAGCUUUUCACCAUACCUUUCAUCUUCUUGAUAAGUACAAUAUUGUGGAGUUUGCUCCAUUUUUCUAUCUCUUGAUAAUAAUUUGGUACCCUUCUAACAAGGAAAUAGAACUGUGCACACUGUCUUAUUUGGGUUGGUUUUUCUUAUUCUUCUGUUUGAGCCCAAUUGAGUUGUUGGGCUAGAGCCCAAAAAAGAAAACAUGAAACAAAGCCACCGACUUUGCAUCCCCGGUGGUGGAGAGUAUAAACCCUAGAAACCUUGAAGGAGAGUAUAAAGCCUAGAAACCCUGAAGCCUCACUACGGUUUCUUGAUUGUCAAGUAACAAAGAAAUCUAAGAUCAACAGACAACAAUGUUCUUACAGUCCAGUUUGUGUCUUUUGUUCUGACCUCAACCAAGUGAUUGGUUCUUGUGGGAUCUUUCUGCUGCUUCCUAGGUUGAUGUUUCUGGAUAUUUUAUCGAUCGUCUUUACUGUUUUAGGAUAGGUAGACAGUGAGAGAAUCGAUUUAGGGACAAUAUCAAACUCUUUCGGGUUCGUAGUCUUUGAUUGCUCUCAGGUUGUUUCUGUUGAUGGAAUUCUGAAAAGACCAGCCUAAACCUCUUCCUUUUUUCUCCCUUUUGAUUCUCCCUGUCGCUUUUCCUUCCUCUCUUGAUUUCAUACAACCUUACUACUAUUUCUCACCGCCAUUGUGGGGUUAUUAUGAAUGACCAUUGAUUGAAAGAAUUUGAAUUGUCAUUCAAUUAGUCAAUUCAGGAAUCAGAGGGUUAUGCUGGGAGUUAGAUUGUGACCAUUGACAUUAGAGUUCAAUUUCACUUGGAGAGUAAUGUUGAGAGCUUAUGUAAAAGAGUUUCUCUCCUUGAUUCCGACCUCGACCAAGUGAUUAGUUCUUGUGUGGCCUUUCAGCUGCUACAUAUGUAGAAGUUUCUGGAUGCGUUAAAAUAUGAUUCAGGGUGUGUUUCUUGUUAUGUGAUAAAGAAAGAUUUGGGGUAUCAAAAUAUUUGCAGGAUAACAUGAACUGUGCAGAGGAAUAUGUGAAGUUUAUGUGCAAGUGGCUGCUUGAUAAGUGCAAUGAUGACUUGGUGGUCAUGGCAAAUCUUUGUGAUCAAGGCUGUGCAUUCAACGCCUAAGAAAGGUAGCAUCUGGACCUUUUGCGCGAAUUACGUAUACCGAAGCCGUGAAGAUCCUUCGGAAGGCUGACCAGAUGUUUGAUGACGAAGUACUACUAUUUACGUUUGGUACAAGGACAUCCAUUAAAGUCACUGUCUUCAAAUCAUGUUUGAGUCUCGUGUAGAAGGUUUUGAUUCCUAAAGCGUAGUUGUAAACAAUAGCCGACUUCUUGAGCUUUAACACUGUCGAAUACCUUAGUUGAUGAUCAGCAAAAUUCGAUCAUCAUUAUCCGGAAGAAAGAUAGUCCAAGACGACCUCCAACCGACCAAUGGGAACUCUAACAAACAAAAUUUAAGACAACCUUUAACCCACCCUCAUAUUUAGGUAUUUGAAAACUUGGUGAAAAUUGGUGUUCCAACUCAUGAAAAAAAUGGGGUUAAAAAUGAAAAUUUGAAAGGAAAUGAGGAAGGGUUGACCAAAUUUGAAGGAAAUAGAGGGAGCUGGCCAGAUUUGAGAGGGAGAAGAAAGGGAUACACAAGUGAGAGGAUGAGCGGUGCCCGUUCUAGAAUUUAGUUUUCACCAAUAUCUUAGAGAAACUAUUUCGAAAGUAAACAAUGAAUUGAUUUCUAAAUA